GAAACCAUGCAGAAGAGUGCCCAAGAGAAACUUCGUCAGCAACAGGAACAGCAGGGAAUGUCCUCGGACACUAGUUCCAAACCCAUCUUCUACUGAUUCCAAACAUACAUGUGCUGUUAAUCUUUAUAUUAAGUUGCUUGUGGAUGUGAAUAUGAAAAUGUCACACACUUAAAGAACAAUUACGAGAAACUUAAGAAAUUUUUCCAUCAAAGUAAUACGCAAGAUGGGAGUGGGACCGCUGGUUAUAGAGGUCCUUUUGACCUUUUUUGUGGCGGCUGUGGUGCUCUUCCAGUAUGGCAACUGGUACCGUCAUCACCUGGUGGUCACAGUGGCUGUUCUGGUUGCCUGGUAUUUCUCCAUGCUAAUUGUCUUCGUCCUACCACUUGAUGUCUCAACUACAAUCUACGAGACCUGCCGCUCGGACCUUGACUUGUCUCCAGCUAGGCAACUGAGAGAAGUGUCAAGCAGUGCAGUCACAGAAAAUAACUUCACUGAGACUAUAUUACAUGGUCUACCAUUAAAUGUGACGAAUGACACUAUACUGACCACAACAGUCCCUCCUGAUCUGAAGUGCCCCAAACCAUGGAGUUUUGUUCCACGCCGGGUUUUGCUUGUCUUCUGGAGGAUUGUUUACUGGACAUCACAGUUUCUCACAUGGUUGAUACUUCCCUUGAUGCAGUCAUACACAAAGGCUGGAGAUUUCACUAUUGGAACAAAAUUGAGAUCUGCUAUUAUUGACAAUGCAAUAUAUUAUGGGUCGUACCUACUCAUUGUGGGCAUACUCUUACUGUAUAUAGCACUGACUGACCUUGGUCUUGAUGGAGCUAAGUUGCGUACCAUUGCUGCAUCAGCCUCCAACACUUGGGGCUUGUUUUGGUUGGUGUUGCUGUUAGGCUAUGGAUUGGUCGAGGUACCACGCUCCCUUUGGCAUUCGGCCUCCAUAGUCCACACUCUUCACCAUUCAUAUUUCCACGCAGCAAAACUUUCUCAAGAGAGGGCAGAGUCCAACGAACGAGUGAAUGACCUUUUACAGAGCAUGCGAGCCCUUGGUGGCAGUAUAGACCCUGGGCAUCCUCUACAUUCUCACAUGGAUGUCAUUGAGAGCAAAAUCCCCACAGAGCUGCUAGACCGUAUUCGAAGGCAGCCACCACCAGAUUCCCCUCAUGCCGAUGUACCCUCAGAAAAAGCUCUUGUUAGGUUACACAAGCAACUUAUCAAGGCACUGCAAAACCAGCGUCGUGUAGAGACACAGUGGGGAUUGCUAGUGGAAAAGAUUGUGAAUUUAGAAGACACACACCGCAAUUCUAUCUCCCAUGAUACCUCCUUCAAGCACUCAACACCCCCACGGAGACACUACAUCUUGUCAUACAUCUAUACACCAACUAUUGAAUGGAUUUGGCGUUGCUUUGUGCGAGGGUAUCUACUGCGUGCUCUUGCUGUGUGCUGUGCCCUCGUGUCUGUGGUGGUUGUCUGGUCUGAGUUAACAUUUUUCAGCACCAACCCGACCAUCUCGCUGUUUGCAGUUUUUGUCAACCUUGCCAAGGCAAAUUAUGAUUACUUUACAAUUGAGAUGAUAUCUUCCUUAUCCAUGGCUUACAUAGCCCUGUGUGCAUACUCGACAUUGUUCAAGAUUCGUGUACUAAACCUGUACUAUCUUGCGCCUCACCAUCAGACGGAUGAAUAUUCUCUCAUCUUCUCUGGAAUGAUGCUGUGUCGCCUCACUCCACCAAUGUGCCUCAAUUUUCUAUCUCUCAUACACAUGGACUCUCACGUUAUUAAAAAGCACACUGAAGAGACAUAUUAUACACAGAUAAUGGGUCACAUGGAUGUCAUCAAGAUCAUCAGUGAUGGCUUUAACAUUUACUUCCCAAUGAUGAUUGUGGCACUUUGUCUGGCAACAUACUAUAGCUUAGGAUCCAGGCUGCUGUCUGCUUUAGGGUUCCAGCAGUUUAUGUGUGAUGAUGACCUUACAACAGACCUCAUCGAGGAAGGCAAAACACUCAUAAGUAGAGAAUCUCGUCGCCGUCAGAGAAUGGAAGAUAAUGCUGCCCGGCGUAAAGAUUUUGCAGAAAGAUUUGGUGGUGGUGAAUCUUCUGCCAGUAUGUACAGGUCAGCACGACAGCGAGCAGAGGAGCUUGUCAAACCAUUGAAACGAGAUGAUUCUUCUGAAUCAGCUCAGUUAGAACUUCUUGGUGGUUCAGAAAACAUUUCUGAUUAUUCUUCACGUACAACCACCUCCUCUUUGACCAUGGAGGAAGACCUGGAGGGUGGUCGUGGGAGUGGCAGAAUGUCUGGGUUCUCGGGGUUAACUCAGUACUCUAGAGCCCGAACCCAUAAGCCUGACAAAGGGCUUUUUGAUGAUGUAUAGUUUAGUAUACAGGUAUCCCUUGAUUAGCAUUAAUUCCCAUUAGCGGUAAAAUGUGUUUUGACACCCUUUCUCGCGUAACGUUAGGCAAAAAUUCGGUUUAGCGAUAGCUCGACUUGCUGGGAAGCAAAAACUAGGGAUUAGGUAGCAUGUGAGAUGGCAUUGCAUGUUGCCAUUAUUACAUGUAAUGAAACAAUAAAAGUUGUGGAAAAAUCAUUACAAUUCUCUAAAUGUGGCUCAAAUAUAAUAUAAAACUUUAAACAAGAAAAAUUAAGAGCAUGGGUGUGUAUGUAUGUGUGGAGGUAGUAGGCUGUAACUGCAUCGCCAGCCCAGCUGCGCUGUCUCCCCCUAUGUGACAUCAUGGCAUACACACAGCGCGGCAGCAGCUACACGUUUGAGUCAGCUGGGUGACUGCAUGGCCGAACUGUGUCACAUUACCCCGAGGAUGGUUUUAGUGGGGAAGGACCUUUUUUGCACAUGAAAUAUGUGCUAUUGUAUUUUAUGAUAUGCUAUGUACCAAUUUUAUUGUUUAUUUUUUUUUGUUUUUUUCGUGCAAUUUGAAAUUGGUUUGGAUUAGGCCUACCUUGUGCUCACUAAAGCAUUGUAACUGAACCACAUGGUUUAUAUAGAAUUUUUGGUGUUAAUAAAUCAUUUGUUUAUAGUGAACUCCUUUAAAGUGAGGGAGUACUGUUGUAUUCAGUAUUUUACUUCCUGCCAUUUGAAUAACUUGUUUGCCCCCGUGCUUCUGUGUUAUCCUCGUUCAAUGGAAAUUUUGCUUAACGUUAGAUUUUCUGGAACACAACCCCAUCGUUAAAUGAGGGAAAUGCGGGAUACCUGUAUAUGAACUCUAGUAGGCCUUAUUUAUAUAACGAGUGAUGUUUAAUCUUUAAUAUGGUGUGCAAAAAAUUGGAUGCAAUUACAGUAGUAAUGCAAUAAACCCAUCAGAAGCAGUUUAGUUUUCAAAGUUUCCCAGUUUAAAAACUGCUUUAAUUGUCUUGAAACAGCCAAAUUUUGUCUUAAGUACUUGCUUUCACAUCAUUCUAUAUAAUGUAUUAAUGAUGUACAUCAAGUAUUAAUUGUAAAAUCUUUCCCAUGAGUGGGCUGUCUGAUGAACUUACCUCUUAUAUUCUAAACCAAACAUAUACAGUACUGGCAUAGUUGAUUUGACACCAUUAAAUGUCUAGUUGAUUAUUAUGUUAGAAAAUUAAUAAAAAAUUUUGUUUACUACUAAACAUUUCUUGCAUCGGUAUAUUUGUAGCAAUUUGUAGUAUGUACACAGUUCAUUCAAAGGACAAAGCUGCGUAUGAUUAACAUUGUUGUGGUUUAUGAAUUCCCACUUCCCUUUACUUUUUAAAUUCAUGGGUUUAGUGUAUUUACCUCUGACUACUACAUUCCUGUGAUUUUCCAUUUACUUGUUGCACAAGUACUUAAAAUUGAUAUUCAAAGAUAUGUCAGUUAAUGUACAGUAUUUCUUUUUCAGUGAUUAAAGAAAUUUAGCUAUUUGCUAUGUGCAUUACAUAUAAUUCUUGAGCGAAGAAAAUAGUAAAGGCUUUUAAUGUCAAUUAUGGGGAUUAGGGUAAUACUGAUUGUAAUGACAAAAAUAGACAUAGGUUGGUGUGAAACCCUCCCUGUUGUUAGUAUCCUUAUAUUACUCUGUCUAGUGUAACAGCUCAGAAGUAGAACAGCAACAGAUUGCUAGUAAUUAGAUGUGCUAUUUCUGGAAGUUGCCAACAAGUAACAAUAUAACAAUAGCUCAUUUAAUUACUAUCAAUGUAUCCAUUCCAAAUGACCUUAAUAUUAAUCUAGAUACCUGUUUACAUAUUGUUGCUGACAAAAAUGUAGAGAGUAGGUAUUUGGAUAGUAUUCAACUGAGCUAACAGUUGCUGUGUUAUUUCAUAAUGAGUGGAUUCCUCUUCUCUGGAGUGAGGUAACCAUUAGUCCAGGGACUUAAACACAACCAAAUGACCCAUUUUUUGCCUGCCAUAGUGAAUAAUUGCCAUGCAAAUUCUGUCCACCUGUGUGAUUCAACCUACCUCCUCCAGUAGUGAAUUAAUGAUGUUCCAGUAAUGCCAUGGUUUCCGCAUCAAUAUACAGAACUGUAGGUUGAACAUAUUUUUGGUAUACUGUAGUGUAUUGUGUAUAGUUUACCCAGUAUACUGUAUAGUGGAAGCUGAGGUGGGGCAAGAUAAUGAUGAGGAAUAUUGCUAUAUUUGGUUUUUCAGUUUAAGCCAUGUAAAAUUUAAACUUGUACAGUAUUCUAAUUUUCUGUAACACUGUUAUGUGCAGACUUAAGUGUUAUCUAAUGGAUCAGUAAGAUCUUACUUGGCAUGAAUUACCCUUAAAUUUAUCUAAGAACAACAUUAAGUGCUAAGUUGAGGGAUGGUACAUGGCAACAAAAUGAAAGGUGAAGAAUGAGUCCCAGCUUAUGGCAACCUUAAAAUGAAUGGUGAGGAACUUUAGUCAUGGCAGCCUUAAAAUGAACGGUAAGGGAAAAGUCAUGUUAACAUUACCCUGAAAGAUGAGGAACAGUACAGUACUUGAAGUGUUUAAGGAGCUCCCUUGACCUGAACUCUUAACUAUUGAAAACACCGUAACUUAGAUUAUUUAUCAAUUAUAUUUAAGAAUUCACUUUUGUAUACAAUCUGACUUGUUGCACAAGUAAAAAAAAAAUAUUAUUUUUUAAAUUGUGGGAUGUUAGUUGGCUUCUGAAUCUAUAAAUUUGAGAAAACUGAAAUGUGAUGAAGUGUAUACAUGUGUAAUAUUCACUGUGGCCUUGUGUGUAUCUUCUGUUUAGUGUUAUAGUAAUUUAUUGGCCAAAAGGUGACACUUAAAAGUGUACAAGAGAAAAUCAGAGUAGAGACCCAGUCAGUUGGCUUAACUGUCAAUAUUGUAGCUUUGUGGAUUGCGGUUAAUGAAAGAUCUGACUCCC